AUGGCGACUGAUGAUGAUAACUUUGAUAUUGAUAUCUAUGGAGAUGGAAGUGGGUUGAUUGAUGAAGGUCCGGAGACGACCUUUAAGACAGAAGAACCCGAACUUGUACUCGAUGCUCCAGACCAUCACCACGGCGGCGGGCACGGAGACGGGUCAGACGAAAAGUAUGGCAACAGUAAUAACAACAUGGGCCACGAGAGUCAUAAAAUAUUCAAGACAGAGAAGUCUCCUUCCGAGACACCACAGCAAAUGAACAGUUUACCGCCACCCCCAAUCCAGCAGCAACAAGUACACUUCCAACAAGGUGUUAAACGAAAGGAAGCUGACCCAGACGCUACGCCUGCCCUAUACAUUUCGGACUUGCAUUGGUGGACAACAGACGACGAAAUUCGUGGAUGGGUAAACCAGGCCGGCGCCGAAGCUGACCUAAAGGACGUCACAUUCAGCGAACAUAAGGUGAAUGGAAAGAGUAAAGGUCAAGCGUUUGUCGAGUUUACAUCGGCACAAGCUGCCACAGCGGCAAAACACAGGAUUGAAGAGAUGAACAAUGCCCAGCAGGGGGCACGAAAGUAUGCUGUCGCCUAUACCCAGGCGAAUAUCAAUCCUUUUAAAACUCUGCCGAAGGAAAACCCAAUGCGUGGUGGGAAAGACGACCGAACUCCCAGGCCCACUCCACCUAGCGGUUUUAAUGCUGGCCAAGGAAACUUUGGUAUGAACAAUGCAGUUGGAUUCCGCGGCAACCGUGGUGGAUUCAAUAACCGCGGCGGCAUGAACCAAAACAUGGGUUACGGUAACAGAAGCUUCUCUCCCAUGGGUGGUGGUUUCCAGGGUGGCCCUGUUGGGGGUUUCCAAGGUGCCCCCAUGGGAGGCAUGCAGAACUAUGGAGGAUUCAAUAACCGUGGAGGCAUGAUGAAUAACAUGAGAGGUGCUCCAAACAUGCGUGGUCGCGGAGGCAUGGGUGGUAUGGCUAAUCCCAUGAUGCCCGUUGGCGCACCUGUUGGCGGCAUGGGAGCCGUUGGAGGGAUGGGUGGCAUGGGAGGUAUGGGAGGAAUACCCAUGGGAGGAAUGCCAAACCAGAUGGGCAACAUUAUGGGAGGAAUGCAAGGCGGCAACUUGGGAAUGCAAGGACAAGGCGGCUUCCAAACCCAGAAUCCUCAUUUCAACCCGGCCUUCUUUAGCGGCGGUGGCAAUGAUGGAGCUUGGAACCCCCACGGGGUAAAACGAACCCGACAGGAGUGA